CAGGCUUGAGCCACCGCGCCCGGCCCCAAAUACUUAAUAAGAUGUAACAGUCUCAAUAGAGAACAUCUUACGUAUAUGGAGAAAUUUCACUCUACAUAUCCCUUUUGUAGAAUUAAAGUUUGCAAGGUAAAUGAUUUUCUUUCUUUCUUUUUGGUUAAUAGUUUUUAGAGUUGGCAUUUUGAACAUAGUGACAUGCAAGCACAUGGGGUAAGAUGAAUUAACUAGCAGCAGCAGCAGCAGCCACAGCAUAUAGCCUUGGAUAUGUUAACAUUCUGAAAGCAUGGCUGUCAAAGUAUAACUCAAAUGGGAUCUCUAUUUGUGAAAUUGUGGUAAUCAGAGUAAAUAUAUUUUUUUUAUUCAGUUCAGGUUACUGUGUGGUCAGACUGUUACCUGUAGGUGCAUUUUAACUAGGAAAUGAAUCAGUUAAAUGUUGAAUCAGACUAGUAUUUGCCGAGCCUUUAAAAUUGCCAUUUGUUUGUCAUCACCCAAAAAGAAUGUAACAUUUGCCAAACUCUAUUUCUGGCUCAUCUAAUCAGGUACUAAGGUUCUGGUGGAAACUACUGAUUGUUUCAAAGACCAGACAUUUUCUUCCUCUGAAGGAAAAUAGAAUAUUCUUUACAGGAGAAAUUUAGAGAACUAUAGCAAAUAGUAUUGCUGUGGGGAUUUUUUGAUAUGAAGCCAGAGAUUUGGAAAUCCAAGCUAAAAUUAUCAACUACAUUUAGACUAUUUUUCGUCUUUCAAUAGUUUAGACAGUUGAAAGACCUCUUGGGGCAGUGACUUUUUGCAGGUUAUUAUUAAAUAACAGCUUAAAAAUGAAUUAUAAGCUUGCCCUUAGUUUUAUAAAGUUAAGGUUAAAAGACUGGCCAUAUUUCAAACUGAAACAUAGUUUCCUGUACAUAUGAUUUUCUCAAAAUUUUGAAGAGAGAUCACAGAAUUUAAGGAAACUCCAGGAUUUGACUGUUAAAAACCUUAUUUAUGACCCCGGUGAAGGGAGAGGACAAUCAAUAUAGCAGCUAGAAAACCCAAGUUUAUAUUGGGAAACAUAUUUCUCAACUCACACCUUUCAGGGACAGUUAAGAGAAGUUUGAAAAUUAAAAUGUCUUUGUAAAUAAAUUUAAAAGAGUAAAAAACAUGCACAUAACAUAUUGUUUAAUAAUUCGUAAUGCAAAGAAUGCUACAGAGUGAAAUCAGGAUUUGGAAAGAGGUAAUCAAAAACCAAAGGUUAAAAGUGGCUCAUAUAACUUGAAAAUUUUUAGAUCAAUGGAAUGCUACUUUGAAAAAGUUUUAUUGUCACCUGUUAAUGAAAUGACUUACAUUUUUGGAAGGGGUCCUAUUCAGUAUCUAGUCUGACCUCGCCUACUCGAGUAGUUCUCUCUAGUAUCCUUGCCAGUCUUUGGCUUCUAAGAUCUGAGAAUUUCUGGGGAUGGGGAGUUCGAGUCACAAUAUUAAGCACUAGUUUGAAGUCAGCUCCAGGGUAAAGUCAGUGUCUUUAACUCUCCACCACUCCACUGCAAGGUGCCUCGUAAGGUUGGUCCGUCAACUCUGCAUUAUAUGGCCUCAACAACGAAAUUAAAACACAUACUUUAACCUCCAGAGGCUCCUCUGGCAGUGCAAAUAUGUCACUUCGGAUCUGGCUAACUACCUUUCCAGGCUGAUCUUAAGCAACAUUCACCAAAUUACCGAUACGACAGCCAGGCCCAUUUCAUUGGUCAAGCUCUUUCACGCUUUUCAGACUCUAUUAAGCCCCUUCCUCUCCAGGGUUGUUAAUAAGUCUCCACUGCGGGGAAGCUUUUUUCAUUUUCCACUCCGCCUCUGCUCCUUAAAUUAGGCAUUUCGUCCAUAAUCAACUACAGCGCUUCUCAAACACCUACACCUGUAUUUUAGCGCUUUGGACUCAAACGAUUAUCACACAGUGUGCGAGACUCUUUCCAAUGAAUGAAAGGUCAAUCUGGCAGGAAGGCGCCAGAGAGGCUAUUUUUGAUGAGGAGGCGGUCUGAAUCGUAUUUGCCUAGCCUCCCGUAGCUCAGCGGGCGCUUCGAGGGCACCACGAACUGAAAGGAUGGGCGGGGCCUGCCCGGACCCUCCCGGCCUCCACAGGCGGGCCAGCCUCCAGGUUUCCCGGCAAGCUCCGAAACCCAGAGGAGGUGGGGAAAGGAGGUCACCGCGCCUGCGUGUUAGGAGGUGUGACCCGGGUGGGAAAGCCCUCCGCGUCCGCCAUUUUGGCUGCCUCUGUCGGUCUGUUCAGUUACCACGUGAACCGCCGACGGAGACCCGUAGUGGGGGAGGCGGCGGCAGCGUUAAGUGAGAAAGGAAAAAAGACAACGAGGAAAAAGGAGGUGUCCGGGUAGGGCAACGCGGCGACACCCGAGGCCGGGUGGUGGCGGCGGAUCGGUAUAUUCAAGGCUGAAGCAGCUAGGGAACGGCAGCGGCGACGGUCGGACAAACUGACUGACCGAGCCGGGUGGUGGCGGGAGCAGCAGGAGCAGCCGGAACGAUGCCGGCCGUGAGCCUCCCGCCCAAGGAGAAUGCGCUCUUCAAGCGGAUCUUGAGGUGUUAUGAACACAAACAGUAUAGAAAUGGAUUGAAAUUCUGUAAACAAAUACUUUCUAAUCCCAAAUUUGCAGAGCAUGGAGAAACCCUGGCUAUGAAAGGAUUAACAUUGAACUGUUUGGGGAAAAAGGAAGAAGCUUAUGAAUUGGUUCGUAGAGGUUUGAGAAAUGACUUGAAGAGUCAUGUGUGUUGGCACGUUUAUGGCCUUCUUCAGAGGUCAGACAAGAAGUAUGAUGAAGCCAUUAAGUGUUACAGAAAUGCACUAAAAUGGGAUAAAGACAAUCUUCAAAUCUUAAGGGACCUUUCCUUACUACAGAUUCAGAUGCGAGAUCUUGAGGGUUAUAGGGAAACGAGAUACCAAUUACUUCAGCUUCGACCUGCACAGAGAGCAUCAUGGAUUGGUUAUGCUAUUGCUUACCAUUUAUUAGAAGAUUAUGAAAUGGCAGCAAAGAUUUUAGAAGAAUUUAGGAAAACACAACAGACAUCCCCUGAUAAGGUGGAUUAUGAAUAUAGUGAACUACUCUUAUAUCAGAAUCAAGUUCUUCGGGAAGCAGGUCUCUAUAGAGAAGCUUUGGAACAUCUUUGUACCUAUGAAAAGCAGAUUUGUGAUAAACUUGCUGUAGAAGAAACCAAAGGGGAACUUCUGUUGCAACUAUGUCGUUUGGAAGAUGCUACAGAUGUUUACAGAGGAUUGCAAGAGAGAAAUCCUGAAAACUGGGCCUAUUACAAAGGCUUAGAAAAAGCACUUAAGCCAGCUAAUAUGUUAGAAAGGCUGAAAAUUUACGAGGAGGCCUGGACUAAGUAUCCCAGGGGACUGGUGCCAAGAAGGCUGCCAUUAAACUUUUUAUCUGGUGAGAAGUUUAAAGAAUGUUUGGAUAAGUUCCUAAGGAUGAAUUUCAGCAAGGGUUGCCCACCAGUCUUCAAUACUUUAAGAUCAUUAUACAAAGACAAAGAAAAGGUGGCAAUCAUAGAAGAGUUAGUAGUAGGUUAUGAAACUUCUCUAAAAAGCUGCCGGUUAUUUAACCCCAAUGAUGAUGGAAAGGAGGAACCACCAACCACAUUACUUUGGGUCCAGUACUACUUGGCACAACAUUAUGACAAAAUUGGUCAGCCAUCUAUUGCUCUGGAGUACAUAAAUACUGCUAUUGAAAGUACACCUACAUUAAUAGAACUGUUUCUCGUGAAAGCUAAAAUCUAUAAGCACGCUGGAAAUAUUAAAGAAGCUGCAAGGUGGAUGGAUGAGGCCCAGGCCUUAGACACAGCAGACAGAUUUAUCAACUCCAAAUGUGCAAAAUACAUGCUAAAAGCCAACCUAAUUAAAGAAGCUGAAGAAAUGUGCUCAAAGUUUACAAGGGAAGGAACAUCAGCGGUAGAGAAUUUGAAUGAAAUGCAGUGCAUGUGGUUCCAAACAGAAUGUGCCCAGGCUUAUAAAGCAAUGAAUAAAUUUGGUGAAGCACUUAAGAAAUGUCAUGAGAUUGAGAGACAUUUUAUAGAAAUCACUGAUGACCAGUUUGACUUUCAUACAUACUGUAUGAGGAAGAUUACCCUUAGAUCAUAUGUGGACUUAUUAAAACUAGAAGAUGUACUUCGACAGCAUCCAUUUUACUUCAAGGCAGCAAGAAUUGCUAUAGAAAUCUAUUUGAAGCUUCAUGACAACCCCCUUACAGAUGAGAAUAAAGAACACGAAGCUGAUACAGCAAACAUGUCUGACAAAGAGCUAAAGAAGUUACGUAAUAAACAAAGAAGAGCUCAAAAGAAAGCCCAGAUAGAAGAAGAGAAAAAAAAUGCAGAAAAAGAAAAGCAACAGAGAAAUCAGAAAAAGAAGAAGGAUGAUGAUGAUGAGGAAAUUGGAGGUCCAAAAGAAGAGCUUAUUCCAGAGAAACUGGCCAAGGUUGAAACUCCAUUGGAAGAAGCUAUUAAAUUUUUAACACCGUUGAAGAACUUGGUGAAGAACAAGAUAGAGACUCAUCUUUUUGCCUUUGAGAUUUACUUUAGGAAAGAAAAGUUUCUUUUGAUGCUACAAUCAGUAAAGAGGGCAUUUGCUAUUGAUUCUAGUCAUCCCUGGCUUCAUGAGUGUAUGAUUCGUCUCUUUAGUACUGUGUGUGAAAGUAAAGAUUUACCGGAUACAGUUAGAACAGUAUUAAAACAAGAAAUGAAUCGUCUUUUUGGAGCAACGAAUCCAAAGAAUUUUAAUGAAACUUUUCUGAAAAGGAAUUCUGAUUCAUUGCCACACAGAUUAUCAGCUGCCAAAAUGGUAUAUUAUUUAGAUCCUUCUAGUCAGAAGCGAGCUAUAGAGUUGGCAACAACACUUGAUGAAUCUCUCACUAACAGAAACCUCCAGACAUGUAUGGAGGUAUUGGAAGCCUUGUGUGAUGGUAGCCUAGGAGACUGUAAAGAAGCUGCUGAAGUUUAUAGAGCAAAUUGUCAUAAGCUUUUUCCUUAUGCUUUGGCUUUCAUGCCUCCUGGAUAUGAAGAGGAUAUGAAGAUCACAGUUAAUGGAGAUAGUUCUGCAGAAGCUGAAGAACUGGCCAAUGAAAUUUGAACAUCACUAAACAAGCAAAUGGAAUGACUUUGGACCAUAUCUAGUAUAUAAUAUUUUUGUCACGCACCUGCUGCAUUGCUCUAACUUACACAGAAUGAGAGGAGUAAAUGUUCUUGCCUUCAAAUAGUGUUUUACGUUUUUUAUCCUGCUGAAAAAGUAUAUAUAAAAUAUCUAACAUUACAGGAUAGAGGUUCAGUUUCUUAAAAAAUUAAAGCUGCUAAAAUUGAGUGGUUAAAAAAGAUAUCUUAUCCUAUUCCUACCCACCCACCCAUGUUUUUAAACUAAUUUAUAUAAAAUCUGGAGGCUGUUACAGCUAACAAAGCAGGUGUGUGGCAGAAAUAUUACUUUAAAUUUGUCUUGUGAGAUUUUACUAUAUCUCAGACAGCAUAAAUGCUGUUUUAGCACUGGAUUCUUUCACUGAGCACAAAGAGUUGUUGGGGCUUUAGCAUCUGACUGAUUUUGUUACGGGGUUGAUUCUGACCAUAGGAAGUAUGCAAUGUGAAUCACUAUUUACAGAGAAACCUACAACAGAUGCUUGAUGUUGUAGAAACUGGGACAUAUAGAUACCAAGCAAAAUUAUAAGAAACCUAUAAGGUGUUCAGUACGCUUGUGUUUCCAAAAUUCACUGUACAUGAUCAGUUUGGUGUUCUUGUACCACAGUUUUUAACUGAAGGAACCAGUUGUAACAGUCUCAAUUUUAACUAAAACUUGAAGAACUAAAACAACAAUGCAAACCUUUCAGCAUUGUUUGGCCAAACUUGUUAAAACUGUAAUGCAAGAACCAAAUGCACUGUGAUGUGGCACCAACUAAUUAGCAAGCAUGAAUUUUUCACCCAAGAGUGAAAAAAGGAAAAUCUACCAUGGCUUGAAGUUAAACAGCAGAACUCCUGACUACCAUUCUAUGACUGAUCAAAAGACUAAUAGUUAAAAACCUCAGCAGGCCUUGUUCACGAUAUGCAGAAAAAAAAGUGCUGCAGUUUAGAUACCUCUGGAAUUUUUCCACAGUGUCACAGGUUUGUAAUACUUGAAGCCCUACAUUUCUAAGAAUAUAUUUCUUGCUCAGUCGUUUCAGGCAAGCCCAAGACUUUGUAAUUUUUAAAGGGCCCAAGAUUUUUUUUUUUUUUUUUCAAAUAACAGACCAGCUUCUUUUUCUUGCAGUUACAGAUGUAAUUUCCUUUUUGUUGUCAAACAUAAGGUACCAAAUAUGAUGCAAUAAAUUGUUUUGAAAAACAGUUGUGUGAAUAUUUCAACUAAUCUGUGUUGGGCUUCUGUGAAAUACACAGGUGGAAACAGAGGUGCAAGCCAGAGGCAAUGUAAUAAUGCUGUAAGGCUAGUGCAGAUGGGAACUUUUUAGAAGGGGCUAAGUGCUGGUGUCAGGGAAAUUCUAUAAUGAAGUAGAAUGCUGCUCCUGCAUUAAGAUUUCAUUGAAGGCAAGGAUGGUGGCAGGUACUAUGAAUGUAACUCAUAAUUUAAAAGGAAAACUAAAAACUAUUUUGAUUGGGAAAAUGAGCCUUAAUUUGUUAAACCUAUACACUGAGAACUAGCCUCAGGCUUAAUAUUCUCAUUGCAUUUGCAGGAUCUGAGCAAAUAAGAUUAAGUAAAAUGAAUCAAUUGUAUAUAUAAUUGACCUUUUUGUGGAACAUGUAGUUUAUAGAAAGUAUACUCUAAAGGGAAUUUGCCGAAGACCUUUUACUGACUGAACAGUUGUGCUACAAUCAACCUUUCAUAGUACAUAACCUGCAUUCCACAUCCCAGUCUAACAGUUCAGUAGUGAUGUAAAGAGAAGUACAAACUGAACUCCAGUGCUUUGUUAUGUUUUAUUAACUGGCCCUGUCUCAGGAACAUCUUAACAGAUGGCAAAAAAACAAAAACUUUUUUUCAACUCCUAUGAGUGGCAACUGAAGUUUUUAUUGUUGGGAAAGAACACUAGUCCUGCCUCUGCCACUAAUGAGGUGUUUGGAGGAGGUACCAGCCAUAUAAUAGGGGGUGUAUGUGUGAAUUUUGUUUAAACUCUACUGUAUAUUGAAAUGAAAUUCAUCUAUUUGUCUUGACAAUGUUCAAAUGAUGUAGAUUGUCUCAGAAUGAAUAUUCAUAAGUACUCAGAACUCUUAAGAUGCAGAUGCCACCCGUGAGGAGCUAAAUUCCUAACAUGUAUAUUGUAUUCCAACCCAAUUUUACUGGAACUAUUGAAUAAAUCUUUUAUUUUCUUUCAGGUUUACUUGAUAGUGGAUACAUUGGUGUCAGAGGACCUUGACUGGGUUCAUUUUAUGUCCAGACAUCACCCCUGAAACACUGUACUGUACUAUCUUGCUCUGAGUAGUAUCAACUGGAUCGUCUCUCAUUUGCCUCAUUCAUCCUAUUAAUUUCAAAUGAUACUGUGGGGGAAAAACAGGGUUAGAAAAACAAGUGGAAAAAAUGGAGUGAUGUUGUAAUCUAAACAAGUGCCUUAUGUUUAUUGCUAAGAACUGGUGUUACCAACCCUUUUGAGAAGAAAGGGUCUCUUGACCUGUAUUAACAUAGGAAAGUAAAGUUCUUUUUGUUUUUCUUUA